AAAAUGGCAGACCCUACAUCAUCCAUCAACAAUUUCCUUUCAAGAGAAGGUGCAAAAAGACAUUACCCCCAGUUACUGCAACCACCUAAUUCACCACGCAGUUUUCAAUGCCAUUUCUGCCACCGAAACUUCUACUCGUCUCAAGCACUUGGAGGACACCAGAACGCACAUAAACUCGAGAGAGCAGCUGUAAGGAGAUCAACUAAUCCCCUCAUCCAUUUUCAUUAUCAUAAUAAUAAUGGGCCCUUUCACUCUUCUUCUCUCAGGCCCAAGCCCAAGCCCAAGCCUGAAUUAGCAAAUUUUCCCUUUUUCCACAAUUACCCUUACUUGCUUGAAGUUGAGCCUUUUCAUCACAAUGCUCCUCCUGCUUCUCCUCAACCUUCUAACCAUGUCAAUCUUGACCUCACUCUUCGCUUGUGA